AUGUCAGCUGAAGAUAUAACAGAGGGAUUACCUGAAAAAGUAACAAUUGAAGCAAGUGGUUUUUCAUCAGCUGGUUAUCCGAAAGAAAAAGAAGGUAUAUUUCCACCAAUUAAUGUUGUCAUUGUUGAAGCUUGUAAUGUAACAUCUGAUGGAAGAAUUUAUUUAAUUAAUUCAAGUGAAAUGAGUGGAACUUAUUUAGCUUUAGCUAAAGAUAUUUAUAUUGAAUUAAAUGAAACACAGAAUUGA